AUGACAUGUGAAGUAUAUUUCUACAAGUUUUUAGUAACAAAACAAGUAUUUUACAAGUCAAAACAUAGCUUUGCUUUAGUAAAUUUGAAACCGUUGGUACCUGGUCAUGUUUUAGUAGUACCGUUAAGAACUUCAGUUUUAAAAUUAGCAGAUUUAACAUUAGAAGAAUCAAUAGAUUAUAUGAAAACCUUACAAAUUGUACAUAAAUCUAUAAAGCAAAUAUAUAAAGCGGAUAGUUUAAAUAUUGCUAUACAAGACGGUCCUGAAGCUGGUCAAUCAAUACCUCAUUUACAUACUCAUAUAAUACCAAGAUAUAAAACUGAUGGUUUUAAUGAUUCAAUAUACUCAAAAUUAGAGAAUAAAGAUAUAUAUAUAGAUUUUUUCAAUAGAAAAGAACUUCGUGAAAGUUUUAAACCGAUUGAUGAUGGUAAUAGAAUUGAAAGAGAUGAUGAUAUAAUGUAUGGUGAAGCUAGAUGGUUGAAAAAAGAAGUAGAAAAAUUAAAUAUACAACUAUAGAAAAAUGGAAAAUUCAUUAGACGAAAUUCAAUGGAAAUCACCAGAAUUUAUACAAGCAAGAGGUUUAAAUACUUCAAAUGUAUUGGAAUAUUUCUCAUUAUCUCCAUUUUAUGAUCGUACUUCGAAUAAUCAAGUAUUAACCAUGCAAUUUCAAUUUCAACAAAUUUCUAUACCCAUGAAUAUGACUUUUCAACAAUAUUUUCAGUCAAGAUUAGCUGAAAUGACAGGUAUAGAAUUUAUACUAGCUUAUAUAAGAGAACCAGAUUUUUGGAUAAUACGAAAACAAAAUCGUAAAGAUUCAACCAAUGUUUUAAUUUUACAAGAUUAUUAUGUUAUUGGUGCAAAUGUUUAUCAAGCUCCCAAAAUUUAUGAUGUUUUAUCUUCUAGAUUAUUAUCUAGUAUAUUGUCAUUAAAAAAUUCAAUUAAUCUGGUUAAUAAUAUGUCGAAAUAUCAGGUAUCUGAUGGUGGUCAUACUUAUAAAUCAACUCCAAUGUCAAAUAGUAAUACAAUGACACCAAUGACACCAAUGCCAAACAAUAAAGAUGAUAUAAAAUCAAAUGCUUUUGAUACUUUAUUAAAUGAAAGUAGAGAUAAACAAGUUUAUCUUGAUGAAAUUCCAUUAUAUGGUAAAAAUAGUACUUUAGAAAUGUUGGGAAUCAAGCAUUAA